ACCCGGGGCUGGGCAGGGGCGCGCGCGUGGAGCCGGCCAGCCCCGCGUACCCUCAGACGUGCUGGAUGGCAGCCCAGGUGGCAGCCAGGGAGGCGGGAGGCUUCCGGGAAGUCUCGACCCUUCGCCUAACCCCGGGCGCCGGCGCGGAGGCGGCGGGCCUGGUGGAGUAUGAAGAGGAGGACAAAGACGAGGAGGUGGCAGCGGCCAGGAGAGCGCGGAGUUUCGCCCAGGACGCGCGAGUGCGUUUCGUCGGCGGCCGUCUGGAGCAGAUGCUGGGGCUCCCGGAGGAGAAAUGGAGGCAGCAUUUGGAGAGCGAGGACAAGCGGCAGGUCCUGGGAGAGUUUCUGGAGAGCCCCAGCCCCGCCUGCCUUGUGUUCAGCGUCGACGCCGUGGAGCGGCUCGCGGCGUCCCAACAGAUUCCAAGAGAUGCAAAACAUAAACUUGUUUAUAUUGCCAAGAAGAGUACUGAAAACAUUGGAGUAAAUGAUUUCUCUCAAACAGUUUUAUUUGGAGAGUUACCUGCCUCAUCUCUUGGACAUGUAACUGCUUUCCUAGACGAGAUUUUAGUGCCAGUUAUUUCUAAUAAGAACAACCAUAAAUCCUGGUCCUGUUUUAUUUCACAAGACAUGGAACGUCACAUAGAAGUCAUGAAAAAUAAAAUGCAUAUUUUUAGGGGCAAAAUGUUGAGAAGAACUCUGCUACCAAUUCCCACUAUUGCAGGAAAUGUUGACCUGGAUCAGAAAUAUUCAGAGACCAAACUAGAGCCAAAUGAAAGGACAGUGCUCCAUGCAAUUGAAUCAGUGGUUAUUAAUUGGUCACAUCAAAUCCAGGAAAUUGUAGAAAAAGAUUUAGUGCAGCCUUUGCUGAAUGGUCUUCACUCAAAUCCUCAAACUGAACUGGAUUUCUGGAUGAUGAGGAGAGAGAACCUAACAUGCAUUUAUGAUCAACUUCAGGCUCCCAUUGUCCUCAAAAUGGUUAAGAUCCUGAAAAAUAAGCAAAGCAGCUAUUUUCCAACUUUGAAGGAUAUCCUCAUGGCUGUGAAAAAUGCUCUUCUCGAAGCCCAAGACGUGGAACUUUACCUGAGACCCCUGAGGAGACACCUUCAAUGUGUCCAGGAGACGGAAUUCCCACAGACCGGUGUAUUAAUUGCCCCGUUAUUUCAUACCAUCUGUCUGAUCUGGAGUCAUUCCACGUUUUAUAAUACCCCUGUUCGGGUUAUAGUUCUAUUGCAAGAGUUUUGUAAUCUCUUCAUUGAUCGGGCACUGUCUUACCUUUUGCCUGAAGACCUUUUGAGAGGAGACAUUGAAGACUCUCUGGAAAAGGUGCAGGUGGCCAUUAACAUCUUAAAGACUUUCAAAAAUUGUUUUUUUAACUACAGAAAAAGAUUGGCCAGCUAUUUUAAGGGAAAUAAGGAGGUGAAACCAUGGGAUUUCCAGUCUCAUCUGGUGUUUCGUAGAUUUGACAAAUUUCUCGAUCGUUUCAUGAAAAUAGAGGAUAUAUUUGUCACCAUAUUGGAAUUUGAAAAGCUGGAAAGACUUGAAUUUGGCGGUACCAAGGGAGCAAUUUUAAAUGGACAAAUCCACGAGAUGAGUGAAGAAUUUAUGGAACUCUGUAAGAUUUUUAAACAGAGCACAUAUGACCCAUCUGAUUACAAUAACACGGAAUUUGAAAGUGAUUAUGUUGUGUUUAAGUCCAAAACUUUGGAUUUUGACAGAAGGCUGGGGACAAUUCUUUGUGAAGCUUUCUUUAACUGCAGUGGUCUGGAAGCUGCAUUUAAGCUUUUGACUGUAUUUGGGAAUUUCCUUGAGAAACCAGUUGUCAUGGAAAUUUUCAGCCCACGUUACAGCACACUUGUGCACAUGUUCAGUGCAGAGUUGGAUAUGUGUAAGCAAUUGUAUAAUGAACACGUGCAACAGAUUAAACAAGGAAAUGUAGUCCUUAACAAGAAUAUGCCGUUUACCUCAGGAAAUAUCAAAUGGGCUAAAGAGGUCGUGGACCGACUUCAAAUGUUUUGGUCAAACUUCUCAUCUCUCCGUUAUCUAUUCUUGGAAAGUCCUGAUGAUGCCUUGGUUUAUCAGAAGUAUAUCGAGAUGAGAGCGUUGCUAGACCAGUUUGAAAAUCGUAUCUAUAAUGAAUGGAAAAGUAAUGUGGAUGAAAUCUGUGAAUUCAAUUUGAAUCAACCCUUGGUUAAAUUCAGUGCCGUAAGUGGUCUUCUCAGUGUCAACUUUGACCCAAAGCUAGUGGCCAUAUUAAGAGAAGUUAAAUACCUUUUGAUGUUGAAGAAAUCAGACAUACCGGAUUCAGCUUUAGCCGUCUUCAAAAAAAGAAACACUCUUCUAAAGUACAUUGGAAAUCUUGAACUUCUUGUGCAAGGAUAUAAUAAGCUGAAACAGACUGUUCGGGAAGUUGAAUACCCCCUGGUUGAGGAAGAGCUGAGGGCUGUGGAUGAGGAACUGCAGGCAGCCGCCACAUCGCUGACAUGGCAGGAUGACUCCUGGGGGGACAUCGAGAGGAUGAAGACAGCCACCUCAGAGUUGGAGCGCAGAGUGGAACAUGCGCAGAACAACGUCAAAGUGAUUCAGCAGACGACGCGGGCUUGGGUAGCGUGCACGCUCCUUCCCAGGAGAGAACACAGGCGGGAGACCGCCUUGACUUGGCAGGACAAGGGUGAUUUGUUUACGAAAAAAUACAAGCUAAUCCAGGAAGAUGGCUGCAAGAUACACAACUUGGUUGAGGAAAAUAGGAAGCUGUUCAGAGCCACUCCUCUGGAUGCCUGGAAGAUUUAUGUAGAAUACAUUGAUGACAUCAUGGUGGAAGGCUUUUUUCAAGCGAUAAUGCAUGACUUAGACUUCUUCCUGAUGAACACAGAGAAACAACUGAAAUCUGCGCCGUUUUUUCAAGCACAGAUGAUCUUAAUCCCCCCGGAGAUUCUGUUUAAACCUUCUUUAGAAAGAGAGGCUGGGGGUGGUUUCUAUGAUCUGGUGGAAGAAAUGCUGUGCAGUAGUUUCAGAAUGUCUGCCCAGAUGAAGCGAGUAGCAGCGCAUCUGGAAAUAGCAAAUUACCAGAAUGAUAUGGACAACAUGCUGGGCCUGGUGGAGGUCAGGCAGGAGAUCAUGAAGAGAGUGGCAGACGUCAUCAACGAAGUCUUGGAGUUCAGAAACACCCUGGACACAUACGCUUACCUCUGGGUGGAUGACCGGACUGAGUUUAUGAAGCACUUCCUCCUGUAUGGCCAUACUGUGUCAUCUGAGGAGACAGGGCCUCACACAAAUGAAGACAUUCCCGGACAACCACCAACACUCGAGCAAUUCAAAGAGCAGAUUGACAUUUAUGAGGCUUUGUAUGUUCAGAUGAGCAAGUUUGAUGACUUCAGAGUGUUUGGUGGUUGGUUCAAGGUGGACAUGAAGCCUUUCAAAGUGAGCUUACUAAACAUUAUCAGGAAAUGGAGCUGGAUGUUUCAGGAGCAUCUUUUGAGAUUUGUCAUUGACAGUCUGAAUGAGCUACAAGAAUUUAUAAAGGAGACAGAUGCUGGACUUCAGAGAGAAUUAAGUGAAGGCGAUCACGCUGGUUUAGUUGACAUUAUGGGGCAUCUUCUGGCUGUAAGAAGCCGACAGAGAGCUACUGAUGAACUCUUUGAACCAGUAAAAGAAACCAUCACACUCCUGGAAACGUAUGGCCAGAAGAUGCCUGAGCAGGUCUAUGCUCAGCUAGAGGAAUUACCUGAAAGAUGGAAAACUACCAAAAAGAUUGCAGCAACUGUCAGACAUGAAGUCUCACCUCUCCAAAAUGCAGAAGUCACUCUUAUAAGGAAAAAAUGUAUUUUGUUUGAUGAGAAGCAGGCGGAGUUCAGAGAGCGAUUCAGACUUUAUGCUCCUCUUCGUUUUAAUGCAGAAAAUCCAUAUAGCGUACUUGAUAAGGCAAAUCAAGAGCUUGAGGCAUUAGAAGAAGAAAUGUUGCAGAUGCAAGAAUCUACUCAUCUUUUUGAAGUGGCUCUUCCAGAGUACAAACAAAUGAAGCAGUGUCGCAGAGAGAUAACACUGCUCAAGGGGCUCUGGGAUGUCAUUAUUUAUGUUAAGAGAAGCAUUGAUAAUUGGACUAAAACCCAGUGGAGACAGAUUAAUGUGGAACAGAUGGAUGUGGAACUCAGAAGGUUUGCCAAGGCAAGUUCCAUAACUGAGAUCUGGUCUCUCGAUAAGGAAGUCCACGUGUGGGACGCUUACUCAGGCCUGGAAGGCACAGUGAAGGACACGAUGACCUCCCUGAGGGUCGUUGCGGAGUUACAGAGCCCUGCCCUGAGAGACAGGCAUUGCCACCAGCUGAUGAAGGCCACUGGGGUCAAGUUUUCUAUAAACGAAACCACAACUUUGGCAGAUUUGUUAGCCUUGCAGUUACACCAAAUGGAAGAGGAUGUCCGAAGCAUCGUGGACAAAGCAGUGAAAGAGCUGGGGACUGAGAAGGUUGUUACUGAAAUCAGCCAGACCUGGGCAACCAUGGAGUUCUCUUACGAAGUUCACUCUCGGACAGGCAUUCUACUACUGAAGUUUGAUGAACAAUUGUUUGAAACUCUAGAGCACAACCAAGUUCAGUUACAGGCUCUGCUUCAAAGCAAGUAUGUGGAAUAUUUCAUUGAGCAAGUCAUAAGCUGGCAAAACAAAUUAAACACAGCAGAUUCAGUCAUCUUUACUUGGAUGGAAGUACAGCGCACUUGGUCUCACCUAGAAAGCAUCUUUGUUUAUUCAGAUGAUAUUCGAAUUCAGCUUGUGAAAGAUGCUCAAAGAUUCGGCAGAGUAGAUGCUGAAUUUAAGGAGUUAAUGUUCAGGACAGCUAAAAUAAAAAAUGUUUUAGAAGCAACAUGCAGACCUAACCUCUAUGAAGAACUUAAAGAUUUACAAUACAGGCUUUCUCUUUGUGAAAAAGCUCUUGCUGAGUACCUGGAAACCAAGCGUGUGGCUUUUCCGCGCUUCUAUUUCAUCUCUUCCGCAGACUUACUUGACAUUCUCUCAAAGGGAGCUCAACCUAUGGAGGUUACACACCACCUUUCCAAACUCUUUGACAGCAUUGUAGAUCUGCAGUUUGAAGGCGAUCAGGAUGUUUCCGCGCACAGGGCCGUUGGAAUGUACAGCAAAGAAAAGGAAUACGUCCCAUUCCCAGCUGAGUGUGAAUGCAUAGGCCAUGUGGAAACGUGGCUUCUGCAGCUGGAACAGACCAUGCAAGAGACAGUGCGACGUUCUAUCACAGAAGCCAUUGCAGCCUAUGAGGACAAACCCAGGGAAUUGUGGAUUUUUGAUUUCCCGGCUCAAGUCGCACUAACUAGCUCACAAAUCUGGUGGACUACAGAUGUAGGAAUAGCCUUCAGUAGGCUAGAGGAAGGCUACGAAACGGCCCUAAAGGAUUUCCAUAAAAAACAGAUUUCUCAGUUGAAUACACUGAUUGGACUUCUGCUGGGAGAACUUCUUCCUGGAGACAGGCAGAAGAUCAUGACAAUUUGUACCAUAGAUGUCCAUGCCAGAGACGUGGUGGCAAAACUUAUUUCUCAGAAGGUCGUCACUCCCCACGCUUUUGCUUGGCGCUCUCAACUUCGUCACCGGUGGGAGGACACCCAGAAACAUUGCCUCGUUAAUAUUUGUGAUGCCCAGUUGCAGUACUUCUAUGAGUAUUUAGGAAACAGCCCUCGACUAGUGAUCACUCCUCUAACUGACAGGUGUUACAUUACUUUAACUCAGUCACUUCAUCUCACCAUGAGUGGGGCUCCUGCCGGCCCGGCUGGUACAGGGAAAACAGAAACCACCAAAGAUCUUGGCCGUGCCCUGGGCAUGGUGGUUUAUGUAUUCAACUGUUCAGAGCAAAUGGACUACAAAUCCAUAGGAAAUAUCUAUAAGGGAUUGGUGCAGACAGGAGCUUGGGGCUGCUUUGAUGAGUUCAAUCGAAUUUCUGUGGAAGUUCUCUCAGUGGUGGCAGUACACGUGAAGAUGAUACACGAUGCCAUCAGAAACAGGAAGAAGAGAUUUGUAUUUCUUGGGGAAGCUAUCACACUGAAGCCAUCAGUUGGAAUAUUUAUUACUAUGAACCCAGGAUAUGCUGGUCGAACCGAAUUACCGGAGAAUCUUAAAGCUCUUUUCAGACCCUGUGCCAUGGUGGCCCCUGACAUCGGGCUAAUCUGUGAAAUCCUGUUAGUUGCUGAAGGUUUUGUGGAUGCACGCUCACUAGCCCGCAAGUUUAUUACAUUGUACAUGCUCUGCAAGGAGCUCCUGUCCAAGCAGGAUCAUUAUGAUUGGGGACUUCGUGCUAUUAAAUCUGUCUUGGUUGUAGCUGGCUCCCUGAAACGAGGAGAUAAAAAUAGACCUGAAGAUCAGGUACUCAUGAGAGCCUUAAGGGACUUCAGUAUGCCUAAAAUAGUGACUGAUGACAUCCCUGUGUUUUUGGGCCUGGUUGGUGACCUGUUUCCAGUCCUGGAUGUGCCCCGGAGGAGAGUGCCCCACUUUGAACAGAUGGUCAGGCAGUCCACCGUGGAGCUCCUCCUGCAGCCCGAGGAAAGCUUCAUCCUCAAAGUUGUCCAGCUUGAGGAGCUGUUGGCCUUGCGGCACUCUGUCUUUGUCAUUGGAAAUGCAGGCACAGGAAAGAGCAAGAUUUUGAGAACACUGAACCGAACAUAUGUUAACAUGAAACAGAAACCCAUUUGGAAUGACUUAAACCCCAAAGCUGUGACAACAGAUGAACUCUUUGGUUUCAUACAUCAUGCUACCCGAGAAUGGAAAGAUGGUCUAUUCUCAUCCAUUCUGCGAGAACAAGCAAAUCUUAGACAUGAUGGACCAAAAUGGAUAGUGCUGGAUGGCGAUAUUGAUCCCAUGUGGAUUGAAUCACUAAAUACUGUCAUGGACGAUAACAAGGUGUUGACCUUGGCCAGCAAUGAACGCAUAGCUCUCACUCCCUCUAUGAGGCUGCUCUUCGAGGUGCAUCACUUAAGGACAGCAACCCCAGCUACUGUUUCCAGGGCUGGUAUUCUAUAUGUGAACCCACAAGAUUUAGGCUGGAAUCCGUAUGUGGCCAGUUGGAUAGACAGAAGGCGGCAUCAGUCAGAAAAGGCCAAUUUAACGAUUCUUUUUGAUAAAUACGUUCCUGCGUGCUUGGAUAAGCUGAGAACAAGCUUUAAAACCAUCACUUCUAUUCCAGAGAGCAGCCUAGUGCAGACUAUUUGUACUCUUUUGGAAUGUUUGUUGACUCCUGAAAAUGUACCUUCUGACAGCCCGAAGGAAGUUUAUGAGGUCUAUUUUGUCUUUGCUUGUAUCUGGGCAUUUGGAGGCAUUCUACUACAAGAUGAGCUUUCUGGUUGUCAAGCUGGAUUCAGUCAGUGGUGGCACAAAGAGAUGAAAGCAGUGAAGUUUCCAUCCCAGGGAACAAUUUUUGAUUAUUAUCUGGACCACAAAACUAAGAAAUUCUUGCCUUGGGCUGAUAAAAUUCCCCAAUUUACUAUGGAUCCAGAGGCACCUCUGCAGGUAGUUCUGGUUCACACAUCAGAGACAACUCGUCUUCAAUAUUUCAUAGAGUUGCUGCUUGAGAAAGGACAGCCGGUGAUGCUGGUAGGAAACGCUGGAGUGGGAAAAACAGUCUUUGUAGGUGACAUACUAGCAGGUCUCUCCGAGGCUUAUAUAGUGUCCCAUGUGCCUUUCAACUACUACACAACAUCAGCAGCUCUGCAGAGAAUUCUUGAGAAACCUCUAGAGAAAAAAGCUGGUCGUAACUAUGGUCCAGGAGGAAAUAAAAAAUUGGUUUAUUUUAUCGACGACAUGAAUAUGCCUGCAGUGGACUUAUAUGGCACUGUUCAGCCCCACACUCUGAUUCGACAGCAUAUUGAUUAUGGUCACUGGUAUGAUAGACAGAAAGUGAUGCUUAAAGAAAUCCACAGCUGUCAGUAUGUUGCCUGCAUGAAUCCAAUGGUGGGCAGUUUCACUAUCAAUCCUAGACUACAGAGACAUUUCACAGUGUUUGCAUUCAACUUUCCAUCCAUGGAUGCACUAAACACCAUCUACAGCCAAAUCCUGAAUUUCCAUUUCCAGCAGCAAGCAUUUGGCCCGUCAGUUCUCAGGAGUGGCCCCACUUUGAUACAGGCAACAAUAGCAUUCCAUCAGAUGAUGACACACAACUUUUUACCCACAGCCAUUAAAUUCCACUACCUCUUUAAUCUGAGAGACCUGUCAAACGUCUUCCAGGUAUCUCAAUGGCUCUGUGUUAAUGUGUCUUGCGGGAUUUUAUUUGCUUCUCCUGAGUGUUUAAAGGGUCCAAAUGAUUUAGUAUGCCUGUGGCUUCAUGAGUCUUCUCGUGUUUAUGGAGACAAACUGAUAGACACAAAGGAUCAUAAUUUGUUUCAUAAAAACAUGCUGGAAACUGCUAGUAAAUAUUUUGAAGGUGUAGACAGCUAUGUGCUGCUUCAACAGCCCCUCAUCUACUGCCAUUUUGCUAAUGGCAGCAAAGACCCGUGUUACCUGCCGGUGAGGGACUGGGAGGUGCUGAGGACAUUUCUGACCGAAGCCUUAGAUAACUACAACGAACUCAAUGCUGCCAUGCACCUUGUUUUAUUUGAAGAUGCCAUGCAACACGUGUGUCGCAUCAGCCGGAUCCUGCGGGCUCCUCGGGGUUACGCACUCUUGAUUGGCGUGGGGGGCAGUGGCAAGCAGAGCCUGUCCCGCCUGGCAGCCCACGUUUGCAGCCUCGAGGUCUUCCAGGUCACUCUGACCGAAGGCUUUGGAAUCCAAGAGCUUCGGGUAGAUCUUGCCAAUUUGUACAUCAGAACCGGAGCCAAGAACAUGCCCACUGCGUUCCUGCUGACAGAUGCACAGGUUCUAGAUGAGAGCUUUCUCGUGCUGAUUAAUGACUUGCUGGCAUCAGGAGAAAUCCCUGAUCUGUUCAGUGAUGAAGAUGUAGACAAGAUAAUUUCUGGAAUUCGUAAUGAAGUUCAUGGUCUGGGCAUGGUGGACUCCAGAGAAAAUUGUUGGAAAUUUUUUUUAGCCCGGGUGCGACUACAGCUGAAAAUCAUUUUGUGUUUCUCUCCGGUUGGUCACACGCUGAGAAGUAGAGCUCGGAAGUUCCCAGCACUGGUUAACUGCACGGCUGUUGACUGGUUCCAUGCUUGGCCCCAGGAGGCUCUCGUCACAGUCAGCAGGAGGUUCAUUGAGGAAACCAAGGGAAUUGAGCCCUUGGAUAAAGAUUCUAUUAGCCUCUUCAUGGCCCACGUUCACACUAGCGUAAAGGAAAUGAGUACCAGGUAUUACCAGAAUGAGAAAAGACACAACUAUACCACCCCAAAGAGUUUUCUGGAACAAAUAUCACUGUUUAAGAACCUGUUGAAGAAGAAACAAAGCGAGAUAUCCCAGAAGAAAGAGCACUUGGUGAAUGGCAUCCAGAAGCUAAAAACCACAGCCUCUCAGGUAGGGGAUCUGAAAGCCAGACUUGCCUCUCAAGAAGCUGAGUUACAACUGAGAAAUCACGAUGCUGAAGCUCUGAUCACAAAGAUCGGGCUCCAGACAGAGAAAGUGAGCCGGGAAAAGGCCAUCGCGGAUGCAGAAGACGGAAAGGUGACAGCUAUUCAGACUGAAGUGUCCCAGAAACAGAAGGAGUGUGAGGCCGAAUUACUGAAGGCUGAGCCCGCGCUGGUGGCCGCGACAGCUGCUCUCCAUACACUCAACAGGGUCAAUCUCACUGAGCUGAAAGCCUUUCCCAACCCUCCAAAUGCAGUUACCAACGUUACUGCAGCCGUGAUGGUCCUUCUGGCUCCCCGGGGCAGAGUGCCAAAAGACCGGAGUUGGAAAGCAGCUAAAGUCUUCAUGGGAAAGGUGGAUGAUUUUUUGCAGGCGUUAAUUAACUAUGACAAAGAGCACAUUCCAGAGAACUGUCUAAAAGUGGUGAAUGAACAGUAUUUGAAAGACCCAGAGUUCAACCCAAACCUGAUUCGGACCAAAUCUUUUGCAGCAGCUGGUCUCUGUGCCUGGGUCAUCAACAUCAUUAAGUUCUAUGAGGUCUACUGUGAUGUGGAGCCCAAACGGCAAGCAUUAGCCCAAGCAAACUUAGAACUGGCUGCAGCUACGGAAAAACUAGAGGCUAUCAGGAAAAAGCUGGCGGAUUUGGAUCGAAACCUGAGCAGACUCACAGCUUCACUUGCAAAAGCAAUAGCCGAGAAAGUCCGGUGUCAAGAAGAGGUGAACCAAACCAACAAAACUAUCGAACUGGCUAAUAGACUUGUCAAGGAACUUGAGUCAGAGAAGAUUCGCUGGGGUCAGUCUGUUCAGUCCUUCGAAGCUCAAGAGAAGACGCUCUGUGGAGAUGUUCUCCUUAUGGCAGCAUAUGUGUCUUACGUUGGAUCCUUUACGCAGCAGUAUCGCCAGGAACUGGUAGACUGCAAGUGGGUUCCCUUUCUUCGACAGAAGGUCUCCAUCCCAGUAACUGAAGGCCGGGGCAUGAUUGCCAUGUUGACGGAUGAUGCCACAGUUGCCACCUGGAAUAAUGAAGGACUGCCCAGUGACAGAAUGUCCACCGAGAACGCUGCUAUCCUAACACACUGCGAGCGCUGGCCCCUGCUGAUAGAUCCCCAGCAGCAGGGAAUUAAGUGGAUCAAGAACAAGUAUGGAACUGACCUGAAAAUCACACAUGUGGGCCGGAAAGGGUUUUUGAAUGACGUUGAAACCGCUUUGGCCUUUGGAGAUGUCAUCUUACUUGAAAACCUUGAGGAAACGAUAGAUCCAGUCCUUGAUCCAUUGCUUGGCAGGAACACAGUUAAAAAAGGAAAGUAUAUCAAGAUUGGGGAUAAAGAGUGUGAAUUUCACCGCAACUUUCGUCUUAUCCUUCACACAAAACUGGCAAAUCCUCACUAUAAGCCAGAAUUGCAAGCUCAGACAACCCUCCUCAAUUUCACGGUCACAGAAGAUGGUCUGGAAGCCCAGCUGCUGGCAGAGGUUGUCAGUAUUGAAAGGCCAGAUUUGGAGAAACUUAAGUUGGUUUUGACAAAGCGCCAAAAUGACUUUAAGAUAGAGCUGAAGUAUCUAGAGGACGACCUCUUUCUGCGUCUCUCUGAGGCAGAGGGGAGCUUUCUAGAUGACACCAAACUGGUAGAGAGCCUGGAGAGAGCAAAGGCCACCGCGGCAGAGGUAGAGUGCAAGGUCAUUGAAGCUGAAGAAAAUGAAAGAAAAAUCAACGAGGCCCGACAAUGUUACAGACCAGUGGCAGCAAGAGCAUCUCUGCUUUAUUUUGUUAUUAAUGACCUCAGAAAAAUCAACCCCAUCUAUCAAUUCUCUUUGAAGGUAAUGAUGACUAAACAUCCAGCCACCAGUUGUCACCCUUUAACGGUCACUUGUAUUCCCCAGGCUUUCAACAUGCUGUUCCACAGAGCCAUCGAGCAGGCCGACAAGGUAGAGGACACACCGGGACGCAUCUCAGUCCUGACCGAGAGCAUCACCCACGCCGUCUUCCUCUACACCAGCCAGGCGCUGUUUGAGAAGGACAGACUCACCUUCCUGUCCCAGAUGGCUUUUCAGAUUUUGCUGAGAAAGAAAGAGAUAGAUCCUCUUGAAUUGGAUUUCCUGCUUCGGUUCACAGUUGAAUACACUUACAUGAGUCCUGUUGACUUCCUAACUAAUCAGUCAUGGAGCGCUAUUAAGGCAGUAGCCCUCAUGGAAGAGUUCCAAGGCCUAGACCGAGAUGUGGAAGGAUCAGCCAAGCAGUGGAGGAAGUGGGCAGAAUCCGAGUGUCCAGAAAAAGAAAAGUUACCACAAGAGUGGAAGAAGAAAAGUUUAAUACAGAAGCUGAUUAUUUUGAGAGCAAUGCGCCCUGACAGAAUGACAUAUGCUCUCAGGAAUUUCGUGGAGGAAAAACUGGGUGCAAAGUAUGUGGAGAGAACCAGAUUGGACUUAGUUAAAGCAUUUGAAGAAAGCAGCGCAGACACCCCAGUAUUCUUCAUCCUCUCCCCAGGAGUAGAUGCCCUUAAAGACCUAGAGAUCCUUGGCAAAAGACUUGGGUUUACAAGUGACUCGGGAAAAUUCCACAAUGUGUCUUUAGGACAAGGUCAGGAGAUGGUGGCAGAAAUGGCCCUGGAGAAAGCUUCCAGAGGAGGACACUGGGUCAUACUCCAAAAUGUCCAUUUGGUAGCCAAGUGGCUCGGAACCUUGGAGAAACUCCUUGAAAGAUUCAGCCAGGGAAGCCACAGAGAUUACAGGGUUUUCAUGAGUGCUGAGUCUGCACCUACACCAGACGAACAUGUCAUCCCUCCAGGACUCCUGGAAAAUUCCAUCAAGAUUACUAAUGAGCCCCCCACAGGAAUGCUGGCCAAUUUGCAUGCUGCUCUCGACAACUUUGAUCAGGAUACACUUGAAGUGUGCUCCAAGGAGCAGGAGUUUAAAAGCAUUCUCUUCUCUCUGUGCUACUUCCAUGCCUGUGUUGCUGGGAGACUGAGGUUUGGCCCCCAGGGCUGGAGCCGCAGCUAUCCGUUCAGUUCUGGAGACCUCACCAUCUGUGCCAACGUCCUGUACAACUACUUAGAGGCAAACCCUAACGUCCCAUGGGAAGACCUCCAUUACCUCUUUGGUGAGAUCAUGUACGGGGGCCACAUCACUGAUGACUGGGAUCGCAAGCUCUGUCGGGUGUAUUUAGAAGAAUUCAUGAAUCCCUCUCUGGUUGAUGAUGAACUGAUGCUGGCACCAGGAUUUGCUGCCCCACCCAAUCUGGAUUAUUCAGGCUACCACCAGUACAUAGAAGAGAUGCUUCCUCCAGAAAGCCCAGCACUGUAUGGCCUCCACCCAGAUGCUGAAACAGAAUUCCUGACAGUCACAUCCAACACUCUCUUCAGAGCUUUGCUGGAGAUGCAGCCCAGGAAUGCACUCGGCGGUGAAGAGCUGGGACGGUCCACAGAAGACAAGGUUAAGAAUGUCUUGGAUGACAUUUUGGAGAAACUUCCUGAGGAGUUCAACAUGGCAGAGAUAAUGCACAAAAAUCCAAAUAGAAGCCCCUAUGUCCUUGUUUGCUUCCAAGAAUGUGAGAGGAUGAAUAUUCUCCUUCGGGAAAUCCGGGUGUCACUUCAACAGUUAGACCUUGCAUUGAAGGGGGAGCUGAUGCUGUGUCCUGAUAUGGAAGCCCAGCAGUCUGCGCUGAGUCACGAUGCAGUACCAGAAAGCUGGAGCAAACUGGCGUACCCAUCUACUUACGGCCUGGCCCGGUGGUUUAAUGACCUCCUCUUGCGAUGUCGGGAACUGGAUACCUGGACACAAGAUCUCGCCCUUCCGGCUGUGGUGUGGCUUCCUGGCUUCUUCAACCCUCAGUCCUUCUUAACUGCAAUCAUGCAGACCGCGGCUCGAAAAAACGAGUGGCCGCUGGAUAAAACGUGCUUGACUGUUGAGGUUACCAAAAAAACGAAGGAGGAUCAUGGGCACCCCCCCAGGGAAGGCGCAUACCUCCACGGGCUCCUCAUGGAAGGUGCCAGAUGGGACAGCCAGUCAGGAGCCAUCGUGGACGCCUACCCCAAGGAGUUAAGGUCUGCAAUGCCAGUCAUCUUUGCAAAAGCCAUACCCACGGACAGACAGGAAACCAAACACACCUACGAGUGCCCUGUGUACAAAACCAAAACGAGGGGCCCCAACUAUGUCUGGACCUUCAGGUUGAAGAGCAAAGAAAAGGCGGCCAAAUGGGUCCUGGCAGGCGUGGCCCUCCUGCUGGAGGCGUAAGGACGGCCCUUGCAGAGGGGCUUCUAUUUCUCUCACCGGAGCACCGCGGAGCUGUCCUUGUUCCCGCAGGGUCGUUUAUUCUACUGAGAGGCAUAAAACAGAGUCCAGCUUAUGUACCUUUUAAGUAACUAACUUAAAACGUGCAUUUGUUGUUUUUAAACAAACACCAUCUCUGAAAAGUAGAGAAGGGGGACAAAAAGAAGCAAAUGUAGAAAACAAGAUGGGACCCCUACUGAAAAGCUGUUCAUUUUUAGCUCUCCCCAGUACCCUGGCCUCCCCCUUCCUGCAACACAAAAAGAGUACAGAGUAUAGAUCACAUUUUCAUCAUCAAA